AUGGCAGCUUUAAUUGUUAACACAGUGCUUGUGAUGUUACUCAUUGCGGGUUCAGUGAAGUCACAAUUUGAUCCCGACUUGAUCAUUUUUCCGGAUGAUAAAAGUCCUCUGAAUUCAACAAGGUUAAGUGUAUUGAAGUGCAGAGAAUAUUCACAAAAUUAUACAGCUGCAAAAUAUAGGAAACCAUUCAUAAAAAUUGGUAUAGUCGGAGGGACUUUGUCAUUUCCCGGACAAUAUCCUCAUAUGGCAGCAAUUGGAAUGAAUGAUUCAGAUCAUGGUCUAAAAUUCUUUUGUGGCGGAAGUCUCAUAAGUGAAAGAUAUAUUUUAACAGCAGCUCACUGUCUUACAAGAGCAACCCCAACAAUCGUUCGUCUUGGUGAACACAACCUCUUGUCGCACCUUGGUAAUGAUGAUGUAGAAGAUUUUGGAAUUGAAAGCUUAAUCCCACAUCCUCUGUACCACACAACUUCAGUAUAUAACGACAUUGCCCUAAUCAAGCUCAAUAAAAGAGUUAAAUUCAAGAAAAACAUACGUCCAGCUUGCCUUAGUGAUGAAAAGAAUGAAAAUCAUUUGGGAUUAAUUGCCAUUGGAUGGGGUGACACUUCUUUCAGUGGAACACCAUCGUCAAUUUUGCAAGAAGUGGCACUAGAAUAUUUUUCAUUUGAUGAAUGUUCCAAAGACUAUCCACCAGUGCGAAGAAUGAAGAAAGGUCUGCAACACACGCAGCUUUGUGCAGGAUCGAGAUCAGGAGAAAAAGAUACCUGUCAGGGAGAUUCAGGCGGUCCCCUGUCAACUUUCACGUACAGUCCUGAAGUUUUUGGCAACAUUUAUACCAUUGUGGGUGUAACGUCUUUUGGGAAAGGAUGUGGCUCUAAAAUUCCAGCUAUUUACACGCGAGUACUCUCAUAUCGAGAUUGGAUUGAAAGUAUUGUAUGGAACAACGGCUCGUCAAAGUGGUUGCCAGUGGGUGAGAAACCGUGUGUCCGAGAAGUGAUUCACAGCACGAGAAUGGCGUCAAGUGCGUAUCUAGUUAUCGUGUAUAUCUUAAUGAUCAAUGGUGCACGAUCACAAUUCAAUUCUGAUUCUAUCAUAUUCCCGGACGAUGAUAACGAAUUGGGCAGCAGUUGCAUUCGAUCAUCGGAUGAUCGACUUGGGAUAUGUUCAAAAAUGCCCGAUUGCAGGGGUGCUGAGAAUAUCCAAUUAGUUGAUUUUUGUGAUCUUCAAGAGCAAACAGUGUGUUGCUUGCUUGAGACGCUCUACACAUCGAUUGACAAUCGAUUUGGGAAUGACAAAGAUCCCAAGGGAGCUUCGAAAGAAAAUCCAAAGGAUACUCCAGCAAAGGAAGUUCGUACAGAAGCACCCCAGUGGCACAAAACUCAUGCCUCUCAAGCACUGAUUGGAGAAUUGUAUGAGGAUGAAAGGAGGAUCAAGUGGAGAUGCGGUGGAUCACUCAUUACACCGAGAUUUGUUAUCACAUCCGCACACUGUAUGUUCUCCAUUAACAUACCCACUUACAUCCGUAUUACCGGAAAUGACACUGAGCGCCAAUUAAUACGACAAACUGAUGCACUGGUCGAUGAUAUUUUCAUCCAUCCCGAAUACAAUCCCUACAAGCUAUACUACGAUGUAGCCGUGGUGCGCCUCAGCAAAGCAAUUUGGGGAUUUCAACCAGUCUACCUCCCCACGACGAAUAGCAUUUACAAGCGGGAAGCUCUUCACAUUUCUGGAUGGAUGAAUUCACCGCAUAAUUUGGAAGAAUUCAAAUUUAUUCGUGAUGAUGUGAAGGUGAUACCAACUGAAAGCUGCUCAUCGUACUUUCACCUUCCGGAGCUUGCUGAUGGGAUUAUUGAGAAUCAAAUUUGUGGCAUAAUUGCACACAAUAGCUCCUUGUUACCCUGCUCGGGAGCCUUCCUUGGACCCCUUGAGACUCAUUCGCAUGCACUCGUGGGCAUUCCCUCCUUCACCUAUGGCUGCGACAAUGAUCGUCCUUUUGUCUUCACCAACAUUGCAUCCUUCACUCCGUGGAUCAAAUCAAUCAUCGAGAGGGCAUAGAGGAGGAGCCCCGGGGACUCGCGAUGAUGCCACAUCCCAAAAGCCAGCAUACGGCCAGUGAAUCAUUCGUUGGUAUGAGAAUAUCUUGUGAAAUUCUUGGAUAUUUCCCGCCAAUAAAAAUAUCUUUGUGAUCUUCUUUA